GACUAACAAAACACUUAUUUUAUUUUUCCUCCCUCCUUUCUCAACUCCACCCUAAAACGAGCCAGUUCGCACCUCAGAUCUCAUAUAGUGAAGCAGUGAUUUAAUGAUCUCAUAAGCAGUGAUUUGAGGUGCGAAUCUGGUUCUUUCCACUCUCUCUAGAGAGUGAGUAUUUUGGAUGUUAAAGAAAGCAGCUGGGGAUAAGGAAGCAAGCCCUAAGCCCUGUUCUUAUUGACGCCUGGUUCUUACCAAACUCUCCAGAGAGAAAAGUCAUUUGGAUUUCCAAGAAAGCAGCUAGGGAUAUGGAAGAAACUUCAAAUGCUUCUUUUAUGGAGGACAAAUCUGCCAAAAUUUUCGUAGCUGGGCAUCGUGGUUUAGUGGGCUCUGCAAUUGUAAGGAAACUACAAUAUCUGGGCUUUAACAACCUUCUCCUUAGAACCCACAAAGAACUUGAUCUAACAUGCCAAUCUGAUGUGGAGAAGUUUUUCUCGGAUGAGAAACCCAAGUAUGUUAUUCUAUCAGCUGCGAAAGUGGGAGGAAUCCAUGCCAACAACACUUACCCAGCUGAAUUUAUAGCUGUUAAUUUACAAAUUCAAACCAAUGUGAUUGAUUCAGCAUACAAAAAUGGAGUAAAGAAACUUCUCUUUCUUGGAUCAUCUUGCAUUUAUCCGAAGUUUGCACCCCAACCCAUCACAGAGGAUGCUCUUCUAACUGGACCUCUCGAACCCACAAAUGAAUGGUAUGCUAUAGCUAAGAUUGCAGGUAUAAAGAUGUGUCAGGCUUAUAGGUUACAGUAUAAUUGGGACGCUAUUUCGGGGAUGCCCACUAAUUUGUAUGGCCCAAAUGAUAACUUCCACCCCGAGAAUUCGCAUGUCUUGCCUGCUCUCAUGAGAAGGUUCCAUGAGGCUAAGGUUUCAGGGGCUAAGGAAGUUAGAGUUUGGGGCACUGGUUCGCCUCUUCGGGAGUUUCUCCAUGUGGAUGACCUUGCUGAUGCGGUGGUAUUUCUAAUGGCAAAUUAUAGUGGGCUGGUCCAUAUGAAUGUGGGGAGUGGAAAGGAAGUCACUAUUAAAGAACUUGCAGAGCUUGUUAAAGAAGUUGUUGGGUUUUACGGAGAGCUUGUUUGGGACAUUAUGAAGCCUGAUGGGACUCCUCGGAAGCUCAUGGAUAGCUCAAAAUUGGCAAGCUUAGGAUGGGUACCCAACAUAUCUCUCAGAGAAGGGCUCAUUGAUACUUACAAGUGGUACCUGCAAAAUUUGCGGCAAUAAUUCCCUUUGGGACCUUGCCUUUAGUUUGAUUUCCACUGCAUUUGUUGUUUAUCUCAUUAUUGGUAAUUGAUACUUGAUUAUUUGAUUCAUGCUUUUGUGUUGCCUAGGGUUGUGGCCAGAUCUUAUUUUUUGAAGUGAACUCUGUUGAGCUAUGAGCAUUAUGCUUUCCAUGAUGUUCAAAUGAUAGUAAUUCAGGAUACAAAGUCCAAAAAACAUGGUUCUUAGAAAUGGAAAUGGGCAUGAAGUUCGUAUAUUUAAUGGGAUGGCCAUGUCAUGCUUGA